GGCUGACUUCUCCUGCUUAUUGGUAACACUGCACUGCAACCAGCGUUCUAACGCCGCUAUGUGGGUGGAACAUCAUUGCUACCGUGACGUCUCAGGAACGCACAGAGGGCAGGAGAAAAAACGCAUGCAAUGCUACAAAUACUUCAAGAGCACAGCGUACAUUGAGUUCCAGUUCACCUUCUCGUACCUCGCCAAGAUCGAAGUCAAGGUCUUCGGAAGCAAGGUCGAGGAGCCUCAUCCCGCCUUGGACCCGUGGGCGGGCCAGGAAACCACGCUCACCUGGUGGCCGACGGACGGGGAGAGGCAUGGUAUGCGGUGGGGGCUGUUUGUGCCUGUCGACGCCUGGUGGUACUACAUGUAGACUUGCAGGAGCCCGGCCAGGAGCCUCGGGCGGGCCAGGACACCACGCUGGC